AUUGUCCCUGCACAGGUAUAUAUAUAGAUGUAUAUUGUAUGCUUUACUCAUUCAGUACAUAUAUCAAUAUAUCUAUAUAGCUGUUUACUUUAAUCAUAAGCCAUGGCGGGGAAAUCUCUAACCGGGUUUUGCUUCAUCCUCCUCCUCCUCGUUGUUGCUCAGGAAAUGGUGGUGCAAAGUGAGGCAGCAACGUGUGAGAACCUGGCGGAUACCUACAGGGGACCAUGCUUCACCACCGGAAGCUGCGACGACCACUGCAAGAACAAGGAGCACCUGCUCAGCGGCCGCUGCCGCGACGAUUUCCGCUGUUGGUGCACCAGAAACUGUUAAAUUACGCAUCAUGAGCUACGUACGCAGAUCGAUCCAUGAUGCUGGAUCUUAGCUAGCUAGCUAGGAGCAUAUAUAUACAUAAAUAAUACUUCUAAGCUAGCACUGCAUUUAUAUAUGUUACUAUAUAUUUUUGUAUGGGUGUAUUGUAUUGCACUAUUGCGUAGUACAUAACGGACGAGUUAUGUACGUACGUGCUAAAUAAAAUUUCAACUUAUAUGUAA